GGAACGGCCCCAAGUUAAUGAGGCGUGCGCCGGCCGCCGAGCGUCUCUCGGAGCUGGGCUUUCCCCCGCGGUGCGGGCGCCAGGAGCCGCCUUUUCCGCUGGGUGUCACUCGGGGGUGGGGAGGAUGGCCCAUUCAAAAGCGCCGCGAGGGGGCCCGGCCAGUGCCCUUCAGUGAGCGCUCGCAAGAGGACGACAGAGGCCCGGCAGCUCGCAUCUCCGGGACCUUGUGGCGCAUCAGGACGCGGCUGUCCCUCUGCCCGGACCCCGAGCCUCCGCGGCCGCUCUGCCUCCUACGUGUUAGCCUCCUCUGCGCGCUCCGGUCGGGUGGCGGUAGAAGCCGCUGGGGGGGGCGGGGGCUGUUGCUGCUGCCCCCAGCGCGGGCGGCUGGAAGCAGAGAGGCCGAGUCGAGCGGUGCACCCCCCUAUGCCGGGAGGAUGCUGGAGAGCAGCGGUUGCAAGGCGCUGAAGGAGGGCGUGCUGGAGAAGCGCAGCGACGGCUUGCUGCAGCUCUGGAAGAAAAAGUGCUGCAUCCUCACCGAGGAGGGGCUGCUGCUCAUCCCGCCCAAGCAGCUGCAACACCAGCAGCAGCCACAGCCCGGGCAGGGGCCAGCGGAGCAGUCCCAACCGGGCUGCCCCACUGUCGCCGGCCUCGAGCCGCCAGUCAAGCUCAAAGAAUUGCACUUUUCCAACAUGAAGACCGUGGACUGCGUGGAGCGCAAGGGCAAGUAUAUGUACUUCACUGUGGUGAUGACCGAGGGCAAAGAGAUCGACUUUCGGUGCCCGCAGGACCAGGGCUGGAACGCCGAAAUCACGCUGCAGAUGGUGCAGUAUAAGAAUCGUCAGGCUAUCUUGGCGGUUAAUCAGACCAAGGAUAGGAUUCGCAUUGGGGCUACCUUGCGAGAUCCUGCUUCUCUUGAGCGGCACAACGCGACUGUGACACAGGGUCAGCUCUAUGGUCUAAAUUCUUGA